UAAUAUCUAUCCAAUAAUAAUUGAAUAUUGGAAAGUAUUUUACUUGUCGUAAUGUACAAUCAUCGUUAUAAGUGUCAAUGCUGUGUACGUGUUAAAACCUUGGUAUCUCAUAUCCGCAGUUUCUACUCCGUUAUCAGAAAAUUGUAGAUAUCCGUUAUCGAAUUGAUAAUUAUUGUAAAAUCAAGUUCAAUUCUCUAUAGUCUGUAGUUAGUUCUCCAUUAAAUCGCAACGCGUUGUGUCCGUGCCGUCGAUUCACAUUUUUGUUCAAUAUGACCUCAUCACCUGGUACUUCCAACGCUGAUGUCAAAGUGAAAGCCGAAACAGGGCAUCGGUAUAAGGGUGAUUAUUUAAAAUACGGAUUUUGGUAUGUUGGACCCGAAAAUAAACCGCGUCCCAAGUGUCUUCUAUGCGACAUAGAACUUGACAACUCAGAUAUGAGGGCAGCAAGACUGCAAGAUCACUUUAAUAAAGAACACGGUACAGACAGAAAUACAAUUCUAGAAGAUUACUUUAUAAAUCUAAAGAAUCAAAAAAUGAAGCAAGUAGGAAAUGAUAAUGUGUCGAAUAAUAAUGUGUUGAAUAAGAAUGUGUCGAAUAAGAAUGUAUCGAAUAAUCAUGUGACGAAGAAUACUGUGUUGAAUCAUGUUCACGUGGCGAAUGAUGAAGUUGCGAAUUGCGAACGGCUAAAUUGUAAAGUGGUUGAAUUGAUUGUGAAGAACAUGCAACCAAUAGACAUGCAUAGAGCAGUACAAUAUCUAAUUUUACCUGCUUGCGAAGAAGUUAAACCUGUGUUACAUUCCUCUUCAGGGGGUACAGUAUCAAAUGUAUCCUUAUCGCACAACAGUAUUUCUGGCUACAUAAAAAAGAUACCUUCCGAUAUUCAGCAACAGUUGCUUCAAAAAUUAGUUGGUAAAAAAUUUUCACUUCUACUGGAUAUACAUCACGGAUGUCAUUUGUUGAACUAUGUACGAUUUGUAGAUGAAAAUUCUAUUUUAGAGCAUUUUUUAUCUUACAUCGAAUUAACACCAAAAGCUACUGAAUCAGAUAUAUAUAAUUCUAUACUAGACAUGUUCAGAAUAAAUGAAUUAGAAUUUCAACAUUGUGUUUCAAUAUUCGUUGCUGGUAUGGAUAAUGAGAAAAUCAUUUCGUUUGUUAAAUACCUGCAGGAAAAAUUACCUAAUAAAACGGUCAAAUGUUGGUAUGCUCGGCACGCUUUGAUAACACGAACAAUUCCCGAAUCUCUUAAAGAUGUAAUGAAGAGAGUACGUAAGAUGAUUAAAUCCGUUAUAUUUAGUCCAAUUGGGCGCCAAGUUAGCGAGGUUAUUUGUCAGGUAUUAGGGAGUCGUCAUAAACCGCUGCUCUUUUGCACUAAGUACUGGAUGUUCAUAAACCAAGCACUUCACACAGUUUACGAACAAAGGGAGGCGUUAUCAUAUAAUUUUACUAGAAUGAAACCUCGCUAUGCUGCCCUGAUAGGACACAAAGUGUGGUUGUCAAGAUUUGCAUACUUCGUUGAUAUUUCCCAACAUGUGAUCGACCUUAUUGAAAGUAUGCAGGGUGACGAAUCAUACAUCUUUACGUCGAUCGAUAAAAUGGAGGCAUUCCGGAGAAAAAUUAAAAUAUGGAAAGAAGAAGUUCAAAAUAAAAACUUCAGUAUGUUUCGACUCACAGCUAAGACCAAUCCAGAAUGUAUUUCCGAUUUGAUUUUACAACAUCUUUCUGCUAUGGAGGAUAAAGUACCGCAAUUCUUCCCUAUUGAAAACGCGAAUAAAUACAAUUGGAUUCGAAAUCCCUUUGCUCUGAAAGAUGAAGAGAGAAAUUAUCUACCGCUACGGAAACGAGAAAUGUUGGUAAAUUUGUCACAUAAUCGUGACCUGCAGCUAGAGUAUAGAGAAAGGCACAACCUACUUAAAUUUUGGAUUCAGGCAAAAAACGCGUAUCCAGAGUUAGCGGAUGAUGCCUUAUCUAUAUUACUACAGUUUUCAUCGAGUCACAUGUUAGACGAAGGACGUUCUGCAUUGCACGCCGUUACAUUUUAUAAAGAAGAACGAUUACUUUCAGUUGAAGAGGAAUUGCUGUUGCAUUUGUCUACGAUUCGACCUGAAAUUCAGAGACGAAUAGUUAUCGAUGAUCAAUCCACCAAUUGAUAGAUAUCGUAUUCUUAUAAUUUCUUUCUUCCUUUUGUAUUAGUGGAUAAAUAUCGGUGAAAAUUAAAAAAAUACAUGCUUUAAAAAUGUGUAAACUUCAUUUUGUGACCGGUGCACGUGAAGUGUAUUCCCAAUAUGAUUAUUGGUAGAAAAGAAAUUGAAAUAUUUAAACCUUUUGCUACGAACGGUCUCUACAGCGUAACGCUCACUGAACGAAGACAGUUAUCAACGACUGAAUUUACACCUUACCGUAACUAGAGUUGCUUAGACCAUUUUUGGAGGGAAGAAACUUAUCAUGAAAAAGGGUUUUAUGAUUUCUUAACAAAUGAUAUUAGAGAAAACACGUGAAAAUCGAAAGCAGAAGUUCAGAAAGAGAUACAGAGCGUGUAAGAGAGCGAGUGACUAUAGUGGGCUAUCGUAUAUCAGUGGCAUUUUAUGGAAAACAAUUAUAGUUGCCCGUAGCAUAUGAAAGGCAUCGUAUAGAGAACGACUAUAAUUGCCUGUCGUACCGAAAUCGUUAAUAAAAAUAUGAAAUUAUUAUUAACGGUCCGCCAAACGAAGAAUGAAAAUUAAAAACAGCACAGUCGAGAAAACAAACGGUGUUUCGUCUCGGGAUCGUCUGUCAGACUCGUCAGUGGGGCUAUACCGCGGUUCGAAACUGGUAUUUAUUCGGACCGCAUGCCGGGCGAGCGCUUGCAAGAAACGGUUCGCCUCGCCGCCACCUAGCAGUCCCCGGCCCGAACUUAAGGCGUCCGGGGAGACGAAACCCCCUCCACUAAACACGAUUGCGACACAUAUCAUAAUUAAAACGCAAAUACUUCAAAUCUCCUUUGGUAUACCAAUACUCUGAUUAUUAUAGUAUAAUAUUGAUAUACGGGCAAAAAAUGUAUAUUAUCUUAUAUCAACAGCACGAUCAAUAUUCAUGAUCAAAUAAAAUGCCGAGAGACAAAUAAUUAAUUCUUCGAACUCUUUGGAUCAAAGGCAUUCGUAACUCAAUACGUAAACGUAAAGUGUUGAAAUGUAGAUAAGGGCUAAUGAGACCGGCCCGCCUAGCAUGAGGAUUUUUGGACGAUGUCACAUCCUUACGAAUAUAUACAUUCUGUUUUUCAUUUUACCUUUGUCCUGCUUCCCAAUACCAAUAUAUAACUUAUCGGUUUUGCUUUUUUAAAACUCACAAAAUAAAUCAAAGUUUUCACUUGAAAAAGUAUCCUUGGCUGGCGGACCAUAUAGAGAGCCCCAAUUUUAAUUUAGUUUUGUAUUUCUUUUUCGAAAUUUUACACUGUUCCUUCGAAAAUUAUUCUUUCAAUAUAUGAAACCCUUUCAUUUAAAAAUUAUAUAUUCAACCUUAAGUUAAUACCCUUGUAUACCGUCAUUUUGUAAGUUUGGAUUACGAAUAACUCAGGCUCCGCUGUUCAAAUUGUAACGUUCCGCUGACAACUUAGUUUAAGAAUAAAUCAUGAAAUUGAAUUAAAUAAUGUUUAAUCGAUAAUUAAUGUAUUAUAAUAAAACCUUGUAACGAUAGAUGGCGCGCACGCUUCUGCUAGUAAUAAUAGGAGGCUCGCGUUAGUAAUAAGAAUAGGGGAGCUUGCGUUAAAGAAAAGAGUUGGAAGGUAGGUACUGGCAGGGCGCAAAUUGCCGUAGGCAAAAAUUCAAGAAAAAAGUUAAAAAUUCUUGGAAAUUGCGUGCUGAGUCAGCGAAACUCAGGGUAUAAAUAGAGGCGUGCAAGCGGAGAAAAGUCAGUACGGUUUCGACUUAGGUCGAAUCUCUAAGGAGAUUUGAAUAUAGCAGCUCACUUAGAUAGAGCAAUAGCAGCAGAGAAACCCAAGUUGAUUCUACAGGUUGGUUUCGACCACGCUCCAAUAGAGCUAGCACUUUUGUGAUAGAGCUACUGCUAAGAGGUAACUCAGCGCUAGUUUACCUAGGUAAACAAUAACUGCAGGCUGAUUCUAUUUCUUUCUAUCAGUAACGAAUGCAGGUUUCCACGAUAGUCCCCUGUGUGUCCUCUUACUUAUGGUUCGCAACGUGUUACCCACGUGUCAGAUCAAGGUUCACUAUUAAGUUUAAUGAGCUAGCGAGAAGCCGAGCUCCUUGAAUGCGGCCCGACUGAUACAGCUCUAGUGGUACUAGAAACCGAUUAGCGGCCUGUAGAUAAAAACUCUAAUUGUGUCUGUCGAACCAGCACAAGACAUUGGUCUUAAUUAUUUCCAAUUGUUUGAAUAACUGAUUAAUAAAUCAAAGUAUUAUUAGAUGUAUCUUUAGAAUAAGCCACGUUCAAUAGUUAUUAAUUACUAAUGAAACAUUUUCUUUGUAUUUUCAUUUAGAGCGAACUCAAUUGUAAUAUUAAUCAUAUUAUUUUCUUUUAUAUUUUCUCUCUAGGGCGAAAUCUUUGUAACACUAAUUAUAUUAUUUUCCUUUAUAUUUCCUCUCUAUGGCGGAAUCUUUUGUUAAACUCUAUUUGAUUAG